CUUGCCCGACAGCUAUUUGUUGAUGUUUUCCUAUACACAACUGAACUACCAAAGUGCCACCUAAUCAAAUUUCGGCCUAAAUAAGCACGGCCGGGGCAUUCAGGCAGAGUGCAGCAACGAUCUUCUGCUGUUUCGUGUACUGAUCCUAAACAAGAAGAUGACGAUAAAGCACGGCCACGGAAAUCAUUUGAAAUACAUCAGCUUAGUUACACUCACGCUACAAAAUGCAGUCCUGGGAUUGAGUAUGCGCUAUGGAAGAACCAGACCGGGUGACAUAUUCUUCAGCUCAACGGCUGUCGUAAUGGCAGAGUUAGUGAAGCUGAUUACCAGCUUGGUGCUGGUAUAUUUAGAGGAGGGCAAACGGUUUCAUCAGUUCCGAGCUGCACUACAUCAAACGAUCGUCAAGCAACCGCUGGACACACUCAAGAUCAGCGUACCUUCGAUGCUGUACAUUAUUCAGAACAACCUACUGUACGUAUCCGCCAGUCACCUGGAUGCGGCCACGUAUCAAGUGAGUUACCAGCUGAAGAUAUUGACGACAGCCGUUUUCGCCGUUUUGAUAUUGCGCCGCCGCCUGAUGCCAACGCAGUGGGCUGCUCUCGUUUUCCUGGUGGUUGGUGUUGCGUGUGUACAGCUGGCACAAUCGGACGGUGACAGCGGAACGGCUGCAACCCGCCAUCAAUCGAUGCCGGGCUCCGGUAUUGAGCAGAAUCGGCUGCUAGGUUUCAGCGCUGUCUUGGGCGCUUGCUUCCUCUCCGGUUUGGCUGGAAUUUACUUCGAAAAGAUGCUGAAAGGUGCAGAAAUCUCCAUCUGGAUGCGUAACGUACAGCUGAGCCUACUGUCGUUGCCGGCCGGGCUUGCGACGUGUCUGUUUAGUGACGGUUCGAAACUUAUCUCCAACGGUUUCUUCUUCGGAUACGAUGCCUUCGUCUGGUAUCUCAUACUGUUGCAGGCGGUGGGCGGACUGAUAGUGGCUGUCGUCGUCAAGUAUGCGGAUAACAUACUGAAGGGAUUCGCCACUUCGCUCGCGAUUAUCAUCUCAUGCGUUGCGUCGAUCUUCGUAUUCGAUUUUACUCUCUCGCUGCAGUUCACCAUCGGUGCUGCGCUGGUUAUUGGGUCAAUUUUCCUGUACGGCUACGAUGCAUCCGGCAAGGCCAUUACUACCUCCAAGGCGCAUCCAAGUUCUGGCGGUCAGCGCCCAACCAAACAUCAAACGUUCUCCGAAGCCGAGGAGCGAUUGCUGGCAGAGAAGGUUUAAUGAUGGAAUACAACAUGCAACAUUAACGAUGAAGUGUGCAGUAACAGAACGAAUUGAAAGGGGAUCGUCCAUGGUAAAGGAAAGUUAGGAUAGCUUAUCAAAUAGUAUUGGAACCAUGUUUGCGAUACAGCAUGUACAUACCAUAUAAGAGCGUGUACACUUCACGUUACCCUCCCAAAACACUCCGGUAUCGCUAAUCUUGUGCAACAACUGCCGUGGUCACAGGGUGCGGUACAAAGAGGAGCCGUUUAUGUGUUCACCGUGGUGUGGAAGAUGUGAGAAGCUUCGUGUGGUUAAUUCGAAUAUAUUGUAAGAGGCGAUAGACUGUUCGAAAACAGUGCGAACAGGAUGAUUUUAUUAUUUAAAAAAAAACUGGAAAGAGAAACCCAGUGAGUAACGGGAAGUGGGAAGCGCAAUUUAUGAUUAAAACAAAAAACAUGAAUAAAACUGGUAAAUAGCCACUAUUGGUCCCAUUUACUCACUAUAA